UGGGAAGACAGCCGCUGAAAUUACCAGUUAUGGUUUUCAUUCAUGGAGAAUCCUACGAAUGGAACGCCGGAAAUCCUUACGACGGUCGGGUGUUAUCAAGCUAUGGGAACGUCAUUAUAGUCACCAUCAACUACAGGCUUGGCGUUCUUGGUUUCUUGCCGGCUGUCGAUCGCUCUGCUCGCGGUAAUUAUGGCCUGAUGGAUCAAGUAGCGGCUCUUCACUGGAUUCAAGACAACAUCGCAGAAUUUGGUGGAGAUCCGAAUAACGUUACAGUCUUUGGACAAGGACAUGGUGCUGCUUGCGUUAAUCUUCUGAUGUUGUCUCCAAUGGCUAAAGGAUUGUUCCACCGUGCCAUAAUGCAGAGUGGAUCUGCUCUUUGUCCUUGGGCCAUAGCGAGAGAUGCUGUCGCUCACACUCACCGGCUGGCUCAGAUCUUGGAUUGUCCCACCCAAGACAGCAUGGCUCUUAUUGAAUGCCUUCGGAGAAAACGUCUCGAAGAUAUCAUGGCCGUUCACAUACCAGUUCCAGAUCACUUGAGUGGAUUUGGGCCAACAGUGGAUGGUAUUGUCUUGCCACAUGACCCUGUCUACUUGAUGGAAACGAAACCCGAUCUCUUUUUGCGAUACGAUUUGCUAUUAGGCACGACAAGAGUGGAAUCUUACUUCUCUUUCUCAUCGUUAGAAGAAAUAUCUGGCAUUGACAUUAACAGAAGGGAUAAAAUUCUUAGGACACUUGUACGAAAUCUCUACACGCACCACCUCCAGCAGAUAUUCUUGAUGGUAUCAAAUGAAUAUAUGGAUUGGUCGCUUCCCCAUUUACAUGCAACGGAUAUCUUCGCCGGCACAGUCGAAGCACUCAGUGACGUAACAGUUGUUUCACCAAUGGUAAGAACAGGAAUGUUACAUAGCAAUCCAAAAUUUCCACCAAGCAGUCCUAGCUACAGAGCGCCAGUUCUUAUUCCUACUAAAACGUUCUUUUACGUUUUCGGACAUCAAACAGAAGCAGGAUAUUUUUCAUCAAGACUUGGGUGUGUAACGGGAGAAGACGUAGCCUAUGUAUUAGGUGCACCCUUGGUCACAUCUUUGUCCCAUUUCAGUUCUAACUUCACUGUUGACGAAAUUGCAUUAUCUGAGGUGACUAUGACACACUGGACAAGCUUCGCUAAAUUUGGAGAUCCAAACGUAGGAACUCAAUUAGGAUUUUUGCAGAUGGAUGUUGCUAGAGGGCGCUAUGAGAGAGUCAUCUGGCCCGAAUUCACAGCGAAUCAUCAGAAGUACCUCAGCAUAUCCACGAAACCGAAAGUGCAGGAUCACUACAACGCUCAUAAGCUGUCCUAUUGGCUUAACCUCAUACCUCUAUUAGACACUGUUGAUAACACUACUACUGAUCAGCAUCACAUGCUUGAGGAUCAUCACAACUUGUCUUCUUAUGAUGGAAUCGUGCGGGAUUCGUACAUAGAUAGUGUGCAGACACCAACGCACACAGGUCCAGAUUCUUUUCAAUUCAACGCAACAGGAGAGAAGACAGACCAUGAGAGGAAUGGCACUGGAAACUCCACAGGGGUCCAUGUUUUUGGAUUGGAUAAAAGAGUCCAUUUGUCAGCUCUCGGAGUCACCAUCGCCGUUGGUUGCUCAUUGUUGAUGUUAAACAUCGUCGUCUUUGCUGCAAUAUACUACCAAAAGGACAAAAUAAAUGUUGCAAAAAAUGUACAAAAAGCAUUUUAUCAGGUUGAGAGAAACGAAACAGAAGAAGAACCAUCAUACAAAAAGCCAUAUUUAUUAAAAGAUGCUCCUUCAUCUCUUAUAUUGCACGACUUCGAGCCUUUGCAAGCGUAUAAAGAACAACAAAUUUUUGAUCUUGUGGAAACGAGCGAAAUAAAAAUCCACCUUGGAGGCACGUCUGAAACUGACUUAACGAACACAGCAAAACCAAAAAAAGUCAAAACCGUCACGUUCGUGGAAACUCAGCCGCUUUUAAUCGAACCGUCAGAUGCCAUAUCUCCAGACGCAAUCGGUGCCAAGUGUCAUGAACAGAUCACUUUCAAGCCACUCCAAAAGACAGAAUCCGCUGAAGACAGCAAAAGCUAGUGAUGAUCAGUGGAUAGAAUGGAGCUUUUAUAAAACACGUCCACUGGAAAUUCAAGAAAAUUUCUAGGACUUCUAUUGCUUCAUUAAAUCCUGAAAAAAAUUGCAUUUCGAUUAAUACUAUUUAAUACCAUUGGAUUUUCAAAAUUUCGAUCAUUAAACAAACAUUCAGUAUUUAUUAUUAUAUACAUAUAUCAAUAAAAUGUCA